UAAGCCUGCAACCUCGCGUUCUCUAGCCAGGAACCUCUACAGCAGCGGUCUUGUCUCGCUGCUGGAGCCACGACUGCGCAACACUCGCUGACAACAGCAACACCCACCACCACAAUGUCUAGGAUAGACCAGAUCGACAGACAGGAAGCUUCGGUUCGAUCACAGCAUGGGAAACCUUAAGUGGCAGAAUUUGAAGUUUCGCGAAGAUUUUUCAUGAAAGGGGGGCAGACAAAAUUCUUAACAAAAAGGUCAACAGCUGAUGGCUCGUCCCAGUCUAGCUCCAGCCAUCCAGUAUCGAGUUUUCUUCGCAUCCAGCAAACAUCUUACGAUGAAGAAGAACAGCUCGGAUGCUGUCAACAAUGGGCAACAUGUGACCAGCCCAGCUCCCACCCCGCUCCAGAUUGCUCUCUGGAAUGGGAACUUACAGCAGAUCCGAGAAUGUCUACAGACUGGCGGCCAAACGGCGCUGGAAACGCGAGACGUCCGAGGCAACCGCGCACUACAUUUGGCGUUGAAGUUCGCUCAUCGAAACUCCAUUGCUAUCGUCAAGUCCUUGCUGGACGCUGGUGCGCGUGUUCGCUCCCGUGAUACAGAAGGCUGGAAGGCUAUUCACCACGCCGUUGUGUCGGAAAACGAAGAGAUUAUGCGGCUUCUCAUUCGCCGAGAGAAAGAACAAGCGCCUGCACUGUUGCAGAAGAAGAUCGACGACAUUUGUCCACGCCUGGCCGAAGUCCCAGACUUUUACUGUGAGAUGCACGUCGAUGUUUCCACUUGGAUUCCUGGUGUCUCUCGCUGGCUUCCGUGUGACACAGUGAGGAUCUGGAAAGCUGCCAAAGAUAUCCGCUUCGAUGUGACUUUGGUGGGUUUUGAGAAUGGCAAGUGGGACCGAGGAGACUUGUCGUUUCUACUUCUGGGCUCUGAAGGGAAGUUCCUGUGUCUGGACAACGAGGCGGAGACAUGUACCGACCUGCUGAAGCUUAACACGGAGCUGUCAGAGCUCGAUCUGGACCUGAUGGUGCACUUCUUGAUGACCACGUCAAUUGUCACGACCGAUUUCGACGCAUCUAAUGUUGCUUUCGAGAAGAAAUGCGCCUGGUUUUCUUCUGCUCCGAUGGUUCAAGACAUCGGGUGCUGGAAAGACUCGCGUGUCGUUGACAUGAUCGGUGUUGAGGCUUCUCUUCGCUAUCGUAAGCCACACAACCCAAAGCACCCGCCUCCCAAGUCGAGUGACGAGCAACCCACUGCGUCUGAUGCAGUGUCGUUGCUGACCGAAGCGACCGCAAUUGCAGACCACUAUACAGAGGUGUUGGUCGAUCCCAAGUCAAACCACAUUGUGUCGCUGGAGCUUGCGAAGGACGAGGAAGUGACGUGGAAAUUCUCAACUGAGAAGCGCGACAUCAACUUCGGAGUUCGCUUUCUCAAGGAGAACAACGGAGACGAGUGGAACGAAAUCGUGCCUCUGCAACGCACUCAGGCCCAUUUGAAGGAGCAGACCGGUUCAUUCAAAGCUACCAGCACUGGCACGCUUGUUGUCACUUGGGAUAACUCAUACUCUGUAAUUCGGCCGAAAAGGCUGAGGUUUUCUAUCAGUCCCGUAGGAGAAAGAGACUCCACUGGAAAUGACGACUGGGGAUCGCACACAAGAGUCAAGGAAGAGGAAAUGACAUUCGAAGACUGGUUCGGAGUGUCGAUUGAGAGCUUGCCCGCGUCGUUGUAUGAUCUACACCCACGUCGCUGCAUAAUGGUGCAUACUCAGCCUUCAUGCCACAAAAUUACCAAGUCGUUCCCUGCUACUGUCUACAUGAGCGACCAAUUCCCUCUCAGCGUGUUGGAGUUCCUCCCAGUGAUCGAGGUACUCUCGAAAACCACGAGCGCAUUUGAGAGCGUGCAGGAGUUCUUCUUAGCGGUACGAUGCUGACAUUUGCAAACUGAUUAAUCUAAUGCUGACCCUGUCUGCACGGAUGUUGGCAUGCAUGUUAUGAAGGCGCUAACGGACGGAUUUCCGGUGCAGUUUUGCUUUCCCUUGGUGCCCUCAGUAUCUGCUACCUUCCGCUUUGAUCGCAUGGAGCUGCAAACUCCAGACCGUCGCAAGUUCACGGUCCCCAACAACUACUCCAUGCACGCCGAAGACAUGCUGUCGCCGCGCACACACCAAGUGAUGCUGCAGCGUGUGACGGCAACUUAAUCCGCGUCUCCGCAGUACGGGCGUUUUACCGUUCAGCAACAAGAGACUCUCACAAAAAUAUCAUGCCAUUGCUUCGCCAUCACCAUCGCGGUAGAAAUCAAUGUAGCACCAAGACAAUCAUGGUUUUACUUAUCUGUCGGUGUCAGUUCAGCCUCGGGUGUUCGCAGUCUGCGAAUCGCAGAGCGAAAUGGAAAGUGAAAACGAACUUUGAUGCGUGGAUACGUGUAAUUCAAUUGCGCACUGCAAACGAUUUGCCCUAGUGCAACCACUGAUCUAUGAUGAUGAAGUUGAUCAUUGGAGAGUUUGCUUAGCAAAGCCUCUUCUAGUCCAAGAGAGGCCAGGAGGCCUGAAGCAACAUGUACCGUGAAAGCGACGUCGGGAUCAAGUUGCAAUAUUGGUGCAGUAUGGACUGGUCGGUGUGACGUUCCAGCAAUCUAAUCCCGAUCUCUAUACGUGAUAGUCCGCUGACGAAAUCGUGAUUCACGAUUCGUGAAUUCGUCGACAAGCUCGCAGAUCAUUGAUGAAACCUUAUUGCUGGCCUGCAUUCGCAUGACGUCUUCUUUCAGGCUCGCCUCCAUCAGAGUCUCUUUGCAUUGCUCACUCACUCCUGAUGAUGGAGGUACAUCAUUGUUGCGUGGCAGAUGUGGUCCACAUUAAAAUAACGCAAUACAAAAUUCUAGUUCAAGGACCCGGUUGUGGUAAUCUGGCAACUUGAAGUGGAAGCA